AUGUUCGGCUGGGGUGAAUCUUCCGACGCCUACCAACAGGUCUACAACGACGACCACGAGGGUAAGCUCUCCCACGAGCUCCUCGCUGGUGGUGCCUCGUUCGCUGCCAUGCACGCCUUCGAGGAGAGACAGCGCAAGGAGGGCAAGCCUGUCAACCACGAGUUCGCCAAGGAGCUCAUUGCUUCCUUUGCUGGUGCCGAGGUCGACAAGCUCUGCGAGACAAAGGGCCUUGACUACGUCGACAAGGAGAAGGCCAAGCACCAGGCCAAGAAGAACGCCGAGGCCCUCUACGAUGACCAGGUAUGCACUCACAGAUCAAUGCUCAUUGGAGUAGAAGUUAACCUCGAUGAUAGUNACGGCCAGUACGAUCAGUACGACCCCAACCAGCAGGGUCCUCCCCAGCACCUCCAGCAGCAGUUCGGUGGUUACGACAACUACUAA